AGUAAUUUCAAAGGUUUAACCACGUAAGUCAAGUUUCUCAAGUGAAAAUGAUCAUUUUCAUUUGUUCGAUUCUUUUUGCGCUAUUUGCGAUCGAGUGCAAUGGUACUCGUAGUUGCUGUUUUUCACCGAGUCCAGAAUUUAAGAUUGAUGAGUUUCAAUACGAAGGUGAUCAAAUAAGCUUCGCUUGUGUAAGCAGGGCAAAUCAAAGUGCAUUUCAUUUGGAAAAAUUUAACGGAAGUUUACCUUCAAAUUUAGUGGAUCUUUUAGACAAUGGAAGAGGUUUAUCGUUAUUUAUGCACGGGGCUGCAAAUGAAAUUAGAUCCGAAGCGGGACUUCUUUUUCGAUUUGCAAGCGAAUGGUUCCGUGAAUCUAAAAACAAUAUUUGUAUCGUAACGUAUUGUUUCACAACAAAACGUUCUAUAGGUUUCACACGAUCAAUAUCCAAUUUGGGUAGGUUGGUGUCAUCAAAACGUCUUGAAUAUGUAGCAAAGAUGGCUCGUGAUUUGGUGUUGGAAGUUCAACGAAAAUGUGUGACAUCAACUAGAAGGCAAUGUCUUAGGAAUUUAUCGCAAGUUGAUGUGACAGGAUUCAGUUUUGGUGCGCAUAUAGCGGCACGAACUUGUGAGUAUUUGUUUCGAAGCACAGGCGAACGAGUUCGAUUGUUAUUGGGUUUAGAUCCAUCGAGGACACCGCCUUUUGUGGCCAAACCACCACACACUGGCUACCGAGGGUUUGCUGAUUACACUCAAGUGGUUCACAGUUCAAACGUGCUUGGCGUUUGGGAUCAGUUGGGAGACACUGAUAUAUACAUCAAACAUAAACCAGAUUCAGAUCAGUCAUUUUUGAACACUUUGGCCGAAAAACAUGGCUUGGUCUUUUAUUUACAUGCUGCAACAGCUACGAAACGACUUUGUAUUAUUGCUGAUAAAAAUAAAAAUGCAACUGGCAAAAUUUUGUAUGGAGAAGAACGACCAUUUCCGGAACCAAACCAAAAUGAGUGUAUACUCGGAGUGUACAGUACGAAGAAAGAAUAUUAUAAUGGACAAAAAUUUACAAUUUCUUUAGUGAAUCGUUCUAAAUAUGUAUAUGAUGUACUUGGAGAAUAUACCAGCGAUCGAAUGUUCUUUGAAUAAGAUUCAAAAUAAGACCGAAUUGAGUCCAAAUAAAUUGCUUCGAAAUUA